AUGGGGCCAGGCUGGGAAACCGGUGCCCCGCAGCAGGCCCUGGCAGCGGCUGCCCCCUGGGGUGCCCACUUGGCUCUGUUCCCCUGGUCCCUGGCUGCCACCCUGCUGCUGGCCCUCGCUCUCCUGGCCCCACCGGCCAAGGGCUGUGUUCAGUGCCGGGCGGGGCACCGGGACAUCCCGGCCCGUUUCGCCCGGCUCUGUGCCCGCUACCGCCAGGUUCACGCCCGCCCGGGCUGCCCCAGCCGCCCCUGGGGCCCGGAGUCCUUCAAGGGAUUCGCCCUGGAUGAGCAAGCCAUGGAUGGGGUGAUUGAGAAAACUCACCGAGUCUUGCGUCUCAUUGAGAUCAACCGGACCCUCUCGGAUCUGCCCAAGUUCUGGGACUGGCUGCGGGAAGUGAAGCUACUGGAGUACAGCAAGGAGGUUCUGUGCCCGCCAGCUUGCCGUGCCUCGGCCUUGGCCAUCAACUGCUCCAGCUGCAAGAAGGGGAAGGUGCCCUGCUGGGCCCUGAAAAAAUGUUACCCCGGGCGCAGGGAUCUCCGGGACUCUGUGCUGCUGCUGAGCUUCCUGUCCGCCUCCAGCCUGCUCGUGGGGGUGAUCACCUGCGCCCUGCAGUUCCGGUUCUACCCGCUGCCCGAGUGA